AUGGGGGUUUGGGCUAUAGCGGUGCAUGGUGGCGCUGGCGUCGACCCGAAUCUCCCACCACAGCGUCAGGAGCAAGCCAAACAACUCCUUACUCGCUGUCUACAUCUUGGCAUCUCUGCCCUUCGUUCCAAUGCUUCCGCCCUCGACGUCGUCGAACUUGUCGUACGGGAACUGGAAACGGAUCCCCUAUUUAACUCUGGUCGAGGAUCCGCCCUGACAGAUAAGGGAACAGUGGAAAUGGAGGCAAGCAUCAUGGACGGUACCAAGAGGCGAUGCGGCGCUGUUUCUGGUAUCACCACCGUCAAAAACCCCAUCUCACUCGCUCGCCUUGUCAUGGACAAGUCUCCACAUUCCUACCUCGCCUUUAACGGCGCUGAAGAAUUCGCCAGACAACAGGGUGUGGAUGUUGUGGAGAACGAAUACUUCAUCACUCCUGAAAAUGUCGGUAUGCUGAAACUAGCAAAGGAGGCAAACACAAUCCUUUUUGAUUAUCGGAUUCCAACGGUUGGACACGACAGUUGCGGCGUGGGGGUUGAGAAAUCGUUGCAGAUGAAUGGGCUGCCGAUAAGCGUGUACGCGCCGGAGACGGUGGGGUGCGUGGUGGUGGACAAGGAAGGAAGGUGUGCGGCUGGGACGUCGACGGGGGGUUUGAUGAACAAGAUGAGUGGAAGAAUCGGUGACUCACCUCUGAUAGGUGCAGGGACUUACGCGUGUGGGGUAUGUGGGGUUUCGUGCACAGGGGAAGGGGAAGCUAUCAUACGUGGCACACUGGCGCGUGAGGUGGCAGCAGUGAUGGAAUACAAAGGCCUCGGACUUCAAGGGGCUGUGGACUUCGUGAUCAAGCACCGCCUGGAUGAUGGCAAGGCAGGGCUCAUCGCCGUCUCAAAUACCGGUGAAGUGGCUUACGGCUUCAACUGUAACGCCAUGUUCAGAGGCUGCGCCACCGAGGAGGGAUUCAUGGAGGUCGGAAUCUGGGACUAG